AUGAACGAAUUUUGCAAACGCCAACCUCCGACCUUCAAAGGAGAUACCAACCCCACCGUGGCUGAAAGAAGUCAAGGUGAUCCUGGACACCUUGGAGAUUACCUGAGAUGGAGAUUGUGUAGCCUUAGCCACAUAUCAACUAAAGGGAGAAGCCCGUUAUUGGUGGGAUCUGAUGGAGCCAAAGAGCAGGAAUUUCUAAACCUAAAACAGGGGACAAUGACUGUUACCCAGUACGCGGCUAAAUUUGAGGAACUGUCCCGUUAUGCCUUAACCUCCAUACCAACCGAGGACAAGAAAGCAAGAAGGUUCGAGUGGGGGCUAACAACCGCUCGAAGGGCUGUGGUGGCUCAAGCUUUUACCACCAAUGCCGAAGUCGUGAAGUGUGCACUACGGCUAGAGAGUGAGGAGGCUGACUUCAAAACCCGAUGGAGGAAGGCAAUAGGCAAUAUUGGCAGACCGAUCCGAACCCAACCAUCCAACAACAACCGUGGACCCUACCCCCAUAAACCUUCUAACCCGACUCAAAGCAAUCAACCAUGGGAGACUGCUACACCAGAACAUGGCGAACCGCAGAGGGGAGGUCAAGACAUAGCCACAGUUCAGUGCUACAACUGUCAGGCUAUGGGCCACAUUAGGCGCAACUGCCCGCAACCUCAAAGGAGGAGGGAUGGGAGCUUUGGAAACCAGAGAACUCAGCCACCAGAAUAG